CUCAAUUCUUGUUAGUACCACCAUCAUGCCCGCUGAAAGAGCAGGAUACACCGUAACCAUGUUCCUAGUGGACAUCUCUAAUUCCAUGGGAAAGACAAGGACCAUCGAACUCCCCGAGGGGCCUAAUGGCGAAGAACGAACGGCCGAAAUUACAAAUCUACAAUGGGGACUCCAAUACGUGAAGCUUAAGAUUCAAGAAAUGAUAUACAACGGACGGAAGACAGAUCAGUGUGGCGUUAUUGUAUUUGGAUCAGAAGAUACGGACAAUAUCGUCAAUCAGAAAAACGGCGGAUAUGAGAAUGUGUCUGAAUAUAUUCAUAUUGCACAGCCUAAUGCCGCGACCCUUGCAAAGCUGGACCGUUUGGAGCCUUCUGACACUACCGGAGAUCCCAUCGACUGCCUCAUUGUCGGCAUAGAAACUCAAGCAGACCAUCUCAGUUCCAAGAAGACAUGGACUCGCAAAAUAGUUCUCGUGACAGACGGAGAGAACCCAAUAGAAAUUGAAGACUGGCAGGCCACUGUGAAGAAACUUAAUGACCUGGAUAUCGCUUUGACCAUAGUCGGUAUCGAUUUUGAUGACGAAGAAUUCCCCUAUCGGGUGAACGAGAGUUUUUACAAGCAAUUCGUCGAUGGCGUCGAAAAUGGCGUAUUGGGUACUUGUGCCUAUGCCUUGCAGGAUAUAUCGCGCCCAGAUAUCAAGCAAACGAAAUCUGUGUUAAUGGGCACUGUUCUCCGAGUGGGUGAUGUAGAUACGCGCCCGAAAGAGGCCCUUGAAUUAUUGGUCAAAACGAGCAAGUGCACAGCCGUCAACCGACCAAAAAGCUGGAAAAAAUUCUCCGUGAGGAAGGAAGAGGCCGAUGGUGGGGAUGCAGAGCCCAAGGCACAGGAAGAACAUAAUGGUGAAGAAAUCGUGCGCUAUGCCCAACUGAAACAGAGCACAGAAUAUUUUGUCGAUAAGCGUGACAAAGAUGAGGAUGGUGAUGUCAAAAUGGAAGAAGAGGAAGAGGAAAUUGACGACGGUUCCAAAAAGAAAGAUCCCACGGAGGGCAUGGAGUCUGUCGACAAGGAAACUUUAGUGCGGGGGUUCAAGUAUGGAACAUCAUAUGCUCCCUGCCCUGAUGGCCAGUUCCCUCGAUUGCACACAAAGAAGGGAAUCGAAAUUCUUGGUUUCUUUCCAAAGAAAAAAUUUCAUCGCGAGCUCACUAUGGGUGAAAUACAGUAUGUUUGGGCUGAUCCCUCUUCACCCCAACAACAAGUGGCUUUGUCGUCUAUUGUGCAAGCAAUGUACGAAAAGGGUGCCAUGGCGAUUGCUCGAUGGAUGGGUGUACUGUCCCCCACGAUGUUUGAUAAAGUGGACUGUCUGCUUUGGGCGCCGAUGCCUUUCGCGGAUGACGUGCGCAAGUACACAUUUGCAUCUCUUGACCACCUCGUGAACAAGAGGGGAGAGGUAGUCACAGAACAUCCAUAUCUGCCGACCGAAGAACAACUGGAUGCUAUGGAUAAAUUUGUUGAUGCUAUGGACGUUAUGGCAGCGGGAGAGAAAAACGAUGAAGGGAACCGAGAACCAUGGUUCGACACACGAUAUUCCUAUAAUCCAGCUAUUCACCGCGUCAAACAAGCCAUGUUUCACUGUGCAGUUGUUUCCGAUUUAGACACAAAUCCUCUUCCACCACCACACCCCGAGCUCUUGAAGUACUUUGAGCCACCACGCAAGGUUGUCAAGCGGGCACAUGACGCCAUUGAAGGUGUCAAGGCUGCAUUUAAGGUCAGAGAAGUACCAAAGAAAGUCACUCGGACUCGGAAGGACGGACAUGUUCACGCGCGCGACGACGACGAGGAAAUGCUGCUCUUGGACCACAAAGCCCCAACGACUACCACUCAAUCCGAGUUGCGGGUUGUCGAAGAACCUACCCCUUCAUCGAGCAAGGAGGAGCAGAACAUGACAACAAACGAAGAUGACAGUGCAACCGAGGAAUCUGAGGAAGAGGAAAUUCUGCUUGACAAGGCCCCGCCGAAGAAAGGUAGCAACCCUCUUCCAACGCCCGCUAGGUCUAUAUCGCCUCAAGUAGAUCCUGGCAGAGAGCCUGGUCGAAUCGUUGGAACUAUCUACCCGUUGAAGGACUUCCAGAAGAACCUCGUGGCCAAGGAUUUGGUCACUAAAGCAGUAGAAGACCUUGCAUUCGUCGUUACGGAGAUCGUAAUGCGUCCCUUUUCGUCACGACGGACGGAUGAGUUGAUUGAGUGCAUGAAAGCUAUGAGGGAUACGUGUCUUAAUGAAGAUGAGAUUGAUGCAUGGAACGAGUUUCUUCUAGAGCUGAAGAAGAAAUGCAAAGCCACGCCUGGAAAUCCUGAAUUUUGGAGGGAGCUCCAAAAUAUUGGACGUUCAAUAAGUCUGAUCAGCGACGAAGAGGCCAGAGAGAAGGGAGGAGAAGCGGAUGAUGUUCCCGAAUCAAAGGCCAACAAAUUCUUCAAUUAAGCAUACCAUGACUUUUCAUACAAUCCA